CGCAAGACGUUACUGCGCAAAUAUCGCGUUGAUGCUUCAUUGUAUGCAUAAUACACAACAGAAUCAAAGAUAUGAGUAAAAUCGAUACAUUUGACUAAGAUUUGAUUGUAUUUCAUUUGAACAAUAUUUUUAAUUAUUUUAUAUUAUCAAAAUGGAGAUGGAAGAUGGUGAAAAUUUAUCAAAGCCAACGGGAACUACUCGAAUUGAAAAAAAUCCUGUUGACUAUGACGAAGACAGAGUAAGAUGCAUGAGAUGACAGCUUCUUAUUCGGAAAUAUCAUUUGAUUCCCAAUCUUCUCCACCAGUUUCUGAGUUGAGGUCGCUUAUUGAAUCUCCUGAUAUAGAUGGAAAAUAUUUGGGAGAAUGUCUGGAAAAGAUGAAUGGAAUUGGAAAUAGACCAGAUCAAUUAGAUUUAAGAAGUAGAGAUUCUAGUCCAAACGAAGAAGAGGAUUUAGAUCCACCAAGUUAUCAUAAAGCUAUGGGCUAUUUACAAUUAGAAGGAACGGUAAUGCAGGAUGGAGAUAUGGUUUUAUUUGUAACGGAAGACUUGGAAAAUAAGAUUAAAUUGUCAAGUCCAGUUACAAAAAAGGGAGAAACUCCUUCUUUUCCAGGAUCACGAAGUUCUACUCCUUGUUUAUAUAGACAAGCAUUAACCCCACAGUUACCUUUACUUGAUCAUAAUGUAUUAAAUGAAUUAGAAAUGGAAGCAAGAAAGAUAGCUACAUCCGUUGAUGCUCUUACAGAAAAUCUUGCUGCUAUUUUACAUAGUGCGUCCGCGCUUACCGUAGGUUGUUUGGAAACUUAUAGGGAUGCAGUAUGUAAAACUUGCGAUGCCGUAGAUCACAAUAUAAAGUCUAUGUAUCAGUUGAUGGCAAAGUGUGAAGAAUUAUCAAAAUAUAUGGCACCGAUUUAUAAGUUGGCAGAGCAAAUUAAGGAGAUGAAGAGGAUGCUGGAACUGUUUGAGAGUGCAAUGAAUUUAUAAAGGUAGAAGCCACCUUAUGACAUCAACUUUUUUUUUUUUUUUUUUUUUUUUUUAAAGUUUCCCAAACGCUUUUGUGAUCGUUCUUUGUGAACUCAUAGAAAAUCCAUAUGGUUGACAACAUUUAUCUUGUUAGAUUCAUUGAAACAGUUAAAGUGAUCAUUUUCUAUUUAUCGAUCAUUCAUUGUUAUUAAUUAUACAACUGUAAUAUUAGAUUCGUCACAAGAUAGAUCGAUUAUUUUAAAGUAACAAUAAGAUUAAUGUUAUAUCAUCAUAAAUUCGUCAGGAUAUGUAUAUGAUUUAUUUAUAGAUUAAUCCUUGUUACAUUGUACAAAUUGUUAUAUCAUGCGAUUGUUUUGUUAUACGAAUAAACGAUGACCAGAUGUACACGA